CAGAGUUUUUCGUAGUCUAUAAAUUUUGCCUUCCUUUCUUGGUUCCCUGAAGUUCCCUGUCUUCUGAGCUUUUUCAGUAGCAGCGACGAGUUGCUGUCGUCCUCAUUCACUCUUACUUUUUUCUUGCUUCAAAAGAGUCGGGAAUCUCCAGUUUUAACUGCGCUUUUUACCAAGGUUCGCGGAAAAGUAUCGUCACCGUUCGUCAGGCUUUCGGUUUGUAGAACAAACUUCCAGUCCUCAGUGAACAAUCAACACUUCAAGUUCCGAUUCGCUAGGCUUUGGCUUUGUUCAGACGGUGUGAGGUUACGUCGCUCUUGUGCGGGGUAGAUUGUCGAAGGGGUCUCCUCCUCAGAAAAAUGCCCUCUAAAAAUUUUCCUUCAGAUCAAGAUUUGCGUCGUUUCCUCCCGGCUUCCAUACGUGGUAAUCCUGAGGUUUGCAAGUGGGUCUACGGCUCUUUCUCUGAGCUGUCUUUUUCCUCAGUCGAGCUUCAACCUUUAUGUUUUUCACGUUCUAUCCUACUCUCUAGUACUACAAAUCCUGGGAAGAGGGAAAGGCACUGUCUUUGCUGUUCUGUCGUUGUUUUCUUCGCCACAUUUUCGGUUUUCGUCGUCUCUUUCGGCGGUCCUUCUUAGAGCCAAUUAUUCGCAACCCGUUUUUCCGGGUGUUUUCCUGAAUGCGAUUCUCUGUCGCUUCAUCCUUCCGUAAAACUGGACUUCGUGCCUGACUCGUGUGUUCUCUUGCAACGCGGUGUUAAGCGCAAGGCUAAACUUCAACGGCGCCUCGCUAGCCUGUUCAUCCGUGCGGUCGCCAGGGAUGUUUUGCCCGUCGUUGUUUAUCAUGCUUUUUUGUGCGAUUUCUUCUGCACCAUGAGGCCGUCGGCAUUUCUUCACAAGCAGCCCAUCACUGGAACCAUGUUCGGUAGUCUGGGGACUGUGCUAUCACUGUUUCUGCGAUCUGAGUUACACAGUUCCGGUUGUCGCCACGACGCGUUUCUCCAGGGACGCGCGCCGUCUGUACACCCGGCUUCUCAAGAACAUUGGCGAUCUGCUCUGCUAAUACAUCGACUUUGUUUCUUUGUCGGAGUCUUCCUCUUUUGGAAAACGCCGACGGGUGAUGGAAGGAAAACAAGAGUAGAUCCAAAGGCGAACUCCUCUGCUCCGCUGUCUUAAGUCUUUCCAUCAGUGCCUCUCAGGGAAUACUCGGUUCUACGUGCUAGACGCUGCCUGCCCGGCUAGGCGUUUUCUCUCCAGAUUACACUCCACUGUGGCUGUGAUCCGGACUUCCACCAGUUUCUCAGAGGAAUUAGAGUCUUUUCUUCCAAUUGUUUUUUCUUCUUGGAAAGAAACAGCAGAACGCUCCGCAGAGAUUGCCAGUCUUUCCUGCCACAAAUCUGUUUGCCUGCAUCGCAGUUUUUGCUUUCGUCCAGCUCACGGGACUCCCCUGUCGUUGGCGUCCGAGCUUACCGGGAAACCAUAAACCCUACCGCCAUCUCUUCACCAUUUCAUCAACGGGCUUCUCGCCGAAGAAAACGGAUUCAAACUCAAUUCACUGUAAAACAGUCCAGGGAGAUCUUUUAGCAAAUAGCAACCAUUGAGCGCGGGGUACCACAGGCCGUCCAGUUCAACUUUACCAUUUCACAAGAGCGUGCGGUAAACGUACGGAACCACGCAAGUGAAUCCUGUAAGAAACUCCUUCGCUCCCCAUAGGCAGAGCUCUACAGGAUCCGCUGAGAUCUGGGCUGUCUCCCUGUCCUGCAUUCAGAGACGUCUCAAUCAGUGUCAGCGUCGGCGACUCCUGUUGCUGAGGGCACUGCGGCAAAAGCCGCUUCUCUGUCGGCUCUGCAGCGCCGCAGAAAAGAUGCACUGCGACAGGAGGCGGGAGAACCCUGAGACUCUUGACGGUGCCGAGUGAGAUUUUCGAGCACACUCUGCGCUAUUGAAAGGAAGACAUCCGUCCAAGCCGUCAGUUAGUACGUAUUAUGUCGUCAGCAUGUCACUGCCAGGGCCAGAGAAGAGAGGGCCGAAGUGGAGAGACGUCUCUGCAUACGCAGGAGUCUCCGGUGUACACAGUGCUUCGAGAGCAGAAAGCAGUGAGACGGGAAGAGAUUACACAAGGCGGAAGGUGCUUUCUCUCCACAGAGAUCGUUCGCCUUCGUCGCCUCUGCCGCCUCCGUGUUUUGCCUCUGUCGCCACUCGCGUGGCUCUCGAAGCCGCAGUGAAUUCGGAUGCGAAGUUUCGGGCAUCCCGAGUUGGAGAGAAGAGUCGGGAGACAAAAAAACGGGGAAGGAGAAAACGGCCGCACUCGACGGGCCAGGGGAUGACGGAGGUCGCCUUGCCUCGUUUUGGGGAAACCUCUGAUUCCUCCUUUCCUCUUUCGCAGAGUGCAUUCGUUGAGUCAAAGUGUGACGAAGAGCGCCUCGUCGCGGAAGUCGCUUCUUCCCCCAAGUUAAGCAGUAGCGGCGCCGGUCUGAGGUCUCCGGCAUCGGGUGUACAUACACCGGUCUCCAAGAGCCCUCCCUGCUUUGCUGCGGAGAAAAGGACUUCCUCGGAACGCGGUCCUCGCGCCUGCAUCAGCGCUGGUGGAAAUUGCUCCCUUUCCGUCGAGUCCCGCGUUGUGGCGGCCUUUGUUUCUUCGGCGUCCGUUGCGUGUGAAGACCAGUGUCGCUUCGACGCCGAUCCGACAGCCUCGGUCUCCUUAGUGCGGUUGCCGACUGUUUCUGUGCGCGAGUGUCUGCCUUCUCGUGCCUCGCCCAGGUCCUCUCCGUCAUUGCCUUGCGGCGAAUGCUCGAGAGAGGCCGAAGGAGACAGUGGGGAGAGUCCCCAGGAGGAGACAGGAGACGAAUUUCACGCGUCCAACAGCGGAGCGGUGUGUCAUUUGUCGUCCUCGUGGGGGGGGCCGUGGCAGCAACGGCAGUCCACAGAAGCUGGCGCCACAGGAGACACGCGCAAGGAGCGCAUGCGUCGUUCUGUCUCCUCCACUUCUCGAAGGAGAACCGCAUCAGGGAGCGUGGAGGCGUCGCCACCUCUAAGCGAGGCGACAGGACGUCGAGUCGGAGAGGGCGAUCAUAGAGAGGACGCGUGCAGUCCUUCUCGGGGGCGUCCGACGUCUUCGUCGAUAGAGCGGAUUUCAGGAGUCUCACCUUCUCAUGCCUCGUUGAACUGUUCUUAUCUUCCAUCUCCGUCUGCGUCACUGUCUCCGCUCUCGGGUCGUCCACCCGCUCUCCUUUGUGAAGCAACAAGCGCGGAGAGAACCCGGCGUGGUGAGCCGGUGUUUCUCUCUUCGUCUCUGCCGGUUUCUUCGUCUGGUUCAUCAACCUCCGGGUUGCCUUCGAACUUGCCUUCUUCGUCACCGCGAACGCAGGUCGGGGACGCAUGUUCCUCCGCGUCUGCUUCUCCCUCGUCUUCUGUCUCUCCGUCUGGUCAUCCCCACAGUUCAUUGUCUCGGUCUCCUGCUCAGUCGCAGGGCUGCUCUCCCGGCCUCGCCGAAAGUGUUUCGAGUAUCGAAGAUAUCAACUCUUCGUCUCCAGGAAUGAACCUGUUGACUGGCCCUCGUUCCGUGCAUCUCUUCGGAGAGGAGAGAGCCGCUCUCAGUGCCACGGGAGCGACCAUGAAGGAAGAGCUUCGGCGUCUGUUGAGCGCCGCUUCGCAGGAGGCUCGCACCGAGUGUGAAUUGCUUCAAGAGAAGUUGAAGCAGAUUGAGGCGGAAAAUGCUCGGCGAGAGGCUGCGAUGCGACACCAAGAAGCCGAGUCUCAAUUGGUGUGUGUCGUUUCGGGGCAGAGCACCUUGGGCGCCUCGUGGCGAAGCAGCUCUGGCAGCUGCGGUCUCGCCCCCUGGAGACAGAGGGAGUUGUCGCGGGGCGGACUCUCCCCUCUGUCUUCCUUAGCUAGUCUUAGCCCAGGGGCGGCGCCUGAGAAUGCCGACUCGUCUGCGGCUUCGAUUCCCACCCUGGAGUCGCUCGCAGGACACGAGUUGCGGGUUGCUUCUCUGUCGUCGCUCCGCGACUGCAGGAUUUCCUGCUGUGUCUCGCGAGAGGCUCGACCAACCACUCCGCCGGCGCUGGAUCAACGCGGUGUACAUUCACCUGGCUUCGCGUCUCGGGUCCAGGGACUGUCUGCGGCGCGAGUGCGGUCGGAAGAAAGCGAGUCGGUUUGUGGUAUGGACCCAGAAGACCUCGCUUUCUUUGGGUCUCAGCAUGCAGCGCCUCUGUCGGUGGCGCUCGGAAGGGGAGGGAGGUCUCCCAGCGAUGUUGCGGCGCAGCUUCAGCCGCCUGGGCAUUGCGCUCCGUCACCGGCUUCAAGCAGAGACGCCGAGCAAGGCAACCCCGGGUGUCUCCCCCUGUCUCUGGGUUCUGAACGGUGGUCUUCCGGUUCUCCCGCCGAGUUUCUUCUCGCUUCUUCUCCCACACUUUCCUCGCGUUUCCAAGUUCUUUCUGCGAAGCCGUUACCCCAGACUUGUGAAGGCACGCGCUGUCUGACCGCUUCUUCGCCGCUUCACUCGUCCGUGUCUCCGAGGGAAGAUGUCUCCAACGCAUAUCUGGGCCAGCAGGCUGCUGAGUCUGCGGUAUCUUCGGACCCACUGAGUCUUCUACACGUCUCCGAAGAAGCCGAGAAGAGCCGAGAGUUCCUCUUUCAGCGGUUCCUCCCCUUUUUUUCUCGAAAAAGUGUCGACUGCGGGUGGAAGAACCCCCUUAGACCGCCGCAGAGAUCUGAGGGGUCUCCGCAUGCGUUCGCCACAGACAGCGGAGACGCCGAGUUGCUCUGUCGAUUACAGUGGAGACAAAGCCAGACGUCUCCUGCUGGGAAGCUCUUGAGCGCGGUCCGAGCAGAGGGAGGGGAAGGGGGUACGGGAGGAGAAGAGACCUACGCAGCCGAGAACGGAGUGGGGACCUCGGGAGCGAAGCGAGACUCGCAGGCUGUCCUUCGGCAAGCUGGUUUCUGUUCAGGAGGCAGGCAGCCGUCAGAACAAGACGGCGGGGACGCGGCUGAAGAGAGGAACUCAGCAGGGGCCCGCAGUGCAGGGAGGCUUCGCUUGUCUUUUUUUUCUCGUGAAAGUCGUCCAGGCCUUCUGGGGACGCUCUUUUCGCUCUUUAGCAAGAAGGAGACAAAACGACAAGGAGAUAGUCUAGCUGGCACUGCUCCAGACAACGGCAAUCGUGCACAAUGUUCUGAAGCAGUCGUGUCCGCGUCUGUGGGAACCAGAGGGAAGGCAAGAGAGGCCAACGAAGAGGAGAAAGCACGGAUCGAAUCUACGUUUCCAGUAACAGUGGCUUCUCGUGACUUCGCCUCGAGUUUUUGUACAGGAGAGACGUCGGAUGCGAAUGGUAGGGAUAUGAAACGAGACCCGCGUUCUUCGGCGCAUGCCGACGCGAAGCCUCGCGCUUGCUCCUGCGACGCGUCUGCGGUCGAUGUGAGAGACCGACGCAGCGAGGAAGACUGCCAGGGGCAGCAGAGAUGUCGAGUUCUGGAAGGGGAAAGGAUACCCGUUUUCCACACAAAGGCCGACUGGCUAGCUGGUCUCAGCUGGCAGCAAGACGUGAGACGAGGAACUGGAGACAGCACCAGCACUCGGACGAGUAGCCAGACGCGAGUUGGCGGUAGUCGCGGCGGUGAACAAGGCUCGUCCCCCGGCAAUUGCUCCCAUUUGUCUAGUCCAACGCCGCUGGCAUGUUCGGUAGAGGCAUCUUCUCCGUCCGGAAGACUUCGGGCGCACCGACACCCGGGGUGCUUUGAGGACUCAGAGGUGGCAGAAAAGUUGCAUCGCGAGACAGACAAUUCGGAGCAGAGAAGCGGCGCGACGCGGACCUCGAACGGCGGAUCUGUCCGCGGUUGCAAUGCAUCACGGACGGAUUCCAUGACGUCUGACGAGGCUGGACGGGGAAGGACACGCGCUCAGUUCCCUGCCGUCUCCAUUGUGAAAAAUAUCGCAAAGGACUGCCCGCGCUGCAAGCGGCAAGUUCUGCUGGAGGUUCUGAGACUCAACUCCCAAAGUUCACCGAAUGAGAGUCAAACGCAAAAAAAGCGACUUGUCCGAGCAGCCCCGAUACAGCCCGUAGGAUUUUGUGUGUGCUGGGUGCUGAAGAGCUCUCGAGGAGGCGAAACUCGGAAUGCAGCGCGAAGUCUCGAGUCAAAAAGGAUUUCUAAAAUGAAAGGGAGCUCCCAUGCAGAGACGGAACGUGAAACCUCUCCGUGUUUAGCGCAACCUUCUGCGUCUGUUGGAAGCAACUCGCGAAGCGCCUCAGAAGAAGCAUUAGUGUCUGGCAAGGAAGCGAGCCGAGGCGGCGCAUGCGUGCUGGGAGGACGGUCUGAAGGAGCAGAAGACCCGGGAAUCGACAGAGAACUCGGAAACAAAAGCAGCGCGAGGGCAGACAGGGGGGGAACUGGAGGCCAGGAAGGCAACGCGACAGACGCCAGCCUCUGGGUGCAAGCAAUGAUGCUCAUGGACAUGUAGAAUUCGGUUUUCUAGGAUUUCGUGCUUUGGUCCCGACAAGUCGGGGAACGCGGACUUCUUGUCUGCGCGGUUUGAACAGUGAUGUUUUUCUCCGACACUCAGAACAAAACAAUCCGGCGAAAAGUGUAUCCGAUUCAGAUGGAAAGUGUCAAGUCUCUGCAGAGAGGCGGGCGCCUCGUUAACGAAGCAUGCAGCGGAGGCAGGAUACCGGCUUUCUCAUAAACCCUGAACCCCGCCGGUCGCCUCUCAAGUCGUCUGAUACGCAUUCGUGCACGGUAUCCGUAGAAAGAUACCAACACAUACUUCCAUACAGAAAAAAUAUUCUGCCCAUCUCGGGGUUUCCCUUUUGUUUCUGUGGGAUGCUCUGUCCGACGGGCAUUUUCACCGGUGUAUUUUGCGAGACUUAGUGUUGAUCUUAGCUCUGACGUGAAGCGAGGUGUUCAGAGAUAGAUUUGUCUGUAUUCUAAUCUGACCAUAGUUUAGUGUCCACGUGGAAGGGUGGUUCGAUUCGACGAAACCAGCGUCGCAAACUUCCUCGAAAUCUGCUUCUAUAGAUGUCAAACGAGGCGAGACACAAAAAACACUUCGUAGGAGGUAGUUCUUGGAACCGAAACAAGCAAGUUUUGUUUGGGCCGGUGCUGCACUUGGCUCUUGUGUGUGCUGACCUUUCCAACUUUUCAACGGUGUAGUUAAAAUCGAUCGGCUGCAGCAACUGGUGAGCUGUCUCUUAAUUAGGACGGUGGAAUGAUGACUGUUUCAGGAAGCGCAACGUAGAGGGGAACUGGUUCUUGCAAAGCGGUAAGAAAGCCGCCGCUGCAUGUUGCUGCCAGAGAGGAAGAGUUCUGCAGAGCUUUCACCUUGCGCCUCCAAGGUCUUAUUUAAGAAAGUCAGAAUGAAUUCACAGUUUGGGGAUCUGUGUUUUUGUCUGUACCUAGGCAGGGUGCUGCUGUGGUGCCAUACUGAAGCAACCAACAAGAGCUCGAUAAAGCACUGGAGGCGCGUAGGGAUAUCCAAUUCUAGUACAGAACAAUAAAAAUGGAAUCUUCGGACGGCCAGCUGCUGCCUCUACCAUGCUUUUACUGCCCCCUAACCAUCGUGUGAGAACAGUCUAAUGUUGUGGACCAGGGAAGUCUGAGGCGGGAAGUUUUCUGUGGCACGUAACACAACUGAUCCCAUGACCGCGCAUGUAUUCAACCUGAAGUAGUGAUUACAAGAGCAAUUAGCCGUUUAGCAGCUGCUGAGGUUAUCGGCAAAGUCCUCUGUGUGAGGAAUUAUUUCGGGCAACCCGCUGGUCCGUGUGUUGCUCCAGCGGAACAAGCGAUGCCACAGUAAAUGGACUACUACAUAAUUGCCUGUGAGUGUUCCUUGUCAGGCUCUUCCUCUUUUGAAACGAUGUGUGGCAACCGCACUUCUGUCUGACUCAAUCGCGAUAAUGUUCACACGCUGUGUCGCCAAUAGGCGACGAACAGCCUUUGCUCCGUCAGAGUGCAUUGGAAGGUGUCACGUUCGAAGGUUGUUAAAGGUCAACCUCCAUUUCCACGUUGAAUCUCUUGAUGAAAUCGUGGUAAAGCAUUUCUGAAGGCGGUUCGCGACGUGUCAUUCAUUCAUGUAUUUUAAAAUGUGGAAAAGUGAAAUGAUAAAAAGGUGAAAGAGGACCUGUGAGACAUAUGGUCGUUGACGCAUGAGAUCUGCACCAGACUGGUAACCUGACACACGGAAUAUGAAAGAAGCAGGAGAGUGGAGAUAGAUACGGAGGUCAAGCGAACAAAGAAUAAUGACGCACGGUUUGUACAACGGACCGUAGCGUGGCCACCACUGUGGAGCUUCUGGCUGUCGUUGGAAGCAAUGGACUCACCGUCAUUUGAGGAGGUGAAAGUGUCGUGCUUUGUCGAAGUGUCAGAGCGGUGCUCCCGCUGCUUGCUUCCCGUCAGUGUGAGUACGACAGUUGUGCUUGUCGUAAUCACAGGCAGCAAUGGACACUCUCUGGCACGACAAUGCCUGUUGCUCGCCGAUCCCAGUCGCUAAAAUACCCCCCUGUGCGAACUACCGCAGUAGGCAGUUGUAUCAUACUACAGCUAAUGGAGGAGCCACGCGUUGCAGACUGAAGGAUUACAGCAACAUGCAUAUCACUACAAGUUAUGCGUUACAGAUGAAAAUGACGGAG